AUGGCUACCUUACUUUUUCUCUUCCUGCUUUUGUUGAAUACCUGCCAAUCGCACGAUGAGGUCCCGUACAUCCGCAAAUACUUUUACGUUGGCGGAGAAUACGCCGACAAUGGCAAAGGCGAGCAUAUUUUCAAAGACCAGAUGUACGUUGAACAUCUAAUUCCGGUCAGAGGUCCGGCAAAACAGAACCCGAUAGUCUUUUUCCAUGGCCAAGCUCAGACUGGGACGAACUGGCUUAAUAAACCAGACGGAGGGCGUGGCUGGGCUUCGUACUUCAUCGAACAUGGCUAUGAAUGUUAUAUAAUCGACCAGACAUUUCGAGGACGCAGCCCUUGGAUUCCGGAGAAUGGUACAAUGGGCGCACUUUCAGCUGAACAACUGCAAAAAUUCUUCACGGCGCCAGCAAAAUAUAUGUUAUGGCCUGAAGCCAAACUUCAUACCCAGUGGCCGGGCUCAGGGGUGAUGGGCGACCCCAUCUUCGACGCAUACUACGCAUCUACAGUGCAGUUUUUAGAGUCACAAACUCGGCAAGAAACCACCAUCCAGGCAGCAGGAGCGGCAUUAUUGGACCGCAUUGGUCGCCCGGCGAUUCUCUUGACCCAUUCACAGGCAACUGUCCACGGCUGGCUGGUGGCAGAUACUCGGCCAGAUAUGAUACAUUCUGUAAUAUCGCUGGAACCGGCCGGCCCUCCGUUCGAGAACUUCAUCUAUAAAGGCGCAUAUAACCGGGCAUGGGGACUAUCGAACAUCGCCUUGACUUAUGCCCCUCCCGUCAUGGACCCCGAAAUCGAUCUGGUCAAGCAGACAAUCGAGGUGCCAACUGGGCCCCAUUGCAUAAUUCAAGCAGACACUCCCCCGCCUCGUCAACUCCCCAACCUGGCGAAGGUGAAGAUGUUGGUAGUGACAGCCGAGGCCUCCUAUCAUAGACCAACAGACUGGUGCGUAGUCAAGUAUCUGCGGCAGGCCGGGGUUUCCGCCGAGCAUAUACAGCUUGGCGAAGUGGGGAUACGAGGCAACGGCCAUAUGCUCUUCCUCGAGUCCAACAGCGACGACAUCGCCGCUCUUCUGCGAGGCUGGAUAGAAAAACAGGAGGCUGAACCCGAGAUGCUCCUGCAACUUUAG